GUUCGACUCGGUCAGUGGCUCUAUGGGCUCGUUUGAAGAGGGAGAAUUUAGAUGUUUUAUGAGGUUGAGUCACGUGAAUUAUCAAUACCAAGCCACUCCAUCCGUGCAUCGAAACUUUUUCUACAUCUCCGCCAACAGAGUUGAACUCCGACAGAUUGUCCCAACCCCUCGGUAUCUGUUUAUCAUGCCUCAGAACGAGUAUAUCGAGCGCUGGCAGAAGCAGCACGGUAAACGUCUGGACCACGAUGAGCGAACUCGCAAGCGCCAAGCCCGUGAAGUCCAUCAGCAGUCCAAGGAUGCCCAGAACUUGCGUGGUCUGAGGGCCAAGCUCUACCAGCAGAAGCGCCAUGCCGAGAAGAUUCAGAUGAGGAAGCGCAUUAAGGCCCAGGAGGAGAAGAAUGUCAAAUCUUCUGCGCCCGACGAGCCAUCCAAGACGCCUUUGCCACAAUAUCUACUGGACCGUUCCCAGGCUACCAAUGCUAAGGCACUUUCUAGCGCUAUCAAAGAUAAGCGGAAGGAGCAGGCCGCUAAGUUCGCCGUGCCUUUGCCGAAGGUUAAGGGUAUCAGUGAGGAGGAGAUGUUCAAGGUUGUCAACACCGGAAAGAAGACACACAAGAAGUCUUGGAAGAGAAUGAUCACGAAGCCUACUUUCGUCGGAAAUGACUUCACUCGAGUUAACCCCAAGCGCGAACGUUUCAUCCGCCCUAUGGGUUUGCGUUAUAAGAAGGCCAACGUCACACACCCCGAGCUGGGAGUCACUGUUCAAUUACCGAUUAUCGGAGUCAAGAAGAACCCUCAGAACCCUCUCUACACCUCUCUGGGUGUCUUGACCAAGGGAACGAUCCUCGAAGUGAAUGUUUCAGAACUUGGUUUGGUAACAACCACUGGUAAGGUGGUAUGGGGAAGAUAUGCCCAGAUCACCAACGCCCCUGAAAAUGACGGAUGCGUCAAUGCUGUUCUCCUCGUUUAAUCAUUCUACGGCCGACGUUCAUGAAUCAGCUCCAUCACCCCAUUCUUCAUCUUCGAUACCAUUUUGAUGUCAUAGAAAUUUCGUCUUUGCCUUCCUUCCUUUCUAUUUAUUUUUCCUUAUUCGUUCGGUCUAUUCGCCAGCGGCGUUCAAGGCGUGCAAUAUGUCUUUAUCAAAAGUAUCGCUCUGAUAUGUAGAUUCAGUUGCACUCGUAUUGGAAAUUUGUCUGCAUAUGUGUAGUCUUUAGGUUCAAGUACAUACGGCCAACUUUCUUAGUGUGGCACGCGCAUUCAUCUAGGACUUCCACCCGGCCAGUCACCAGGUCGGAAGGCCUGAGGAAAGAUUGGUGGUAGGCUUUUCAUUUAUUGAGAACUAUAGAAUAUCAGUAUAACAAGCGGGGGGAAGAACUAGUCUGAUGCCCC